AUGCUGCCCAGACCGUCGAUCGCCACCAAGCGAUUUUUUUCGAGCGCGGAAACCCUAUUCAAGAGAAGUCCCACUGGUGUGGUCUUCAUGAAUAUGGGUGGCCCUUCAACCGUGCCAGAAACCAGAGAUUUCUUAUACCAGCUGUUUUCUGACAAUGACCUGAUCCCCAUCAGCAAGAAGUACCAGCCAACAAUAGCUAAAUACAUCGCGAAAUUUAGAACGCCCAAGAUUGAAAAGCAGUACGAGCAAAUUGGAGGUUCCCCUAUCCGCAAGUGGUCUGAAUACCAAGCCAAGCGUGUGUGUGAGCUUUUGGACGAAUCAUGUCCAGAUUCGGCGCCCCACAAACCAUACGUAGCGUUUCGCUACGCCAGACCCUUGACUGGAGAAACGUACGAGCAAAUGCUUAAGGAUGGUGUUCGGAAAGCAGUGGCCUUUUCUCAGUAUCCGCAAUUUUCUUAUUCUACCACUGGUUCUUCGAUCAACGAGCUUUGGAGACAGAUCAAGAAACUCGACCCCCAGAGAACCAUUUCCUGGUCCGUUAUCGACCGGUGGCCCACGCAUAAAGGCCUCGUCAAAGCAUUUGCUAUGAACAUUCAAAAAAGACUACAGGAAUUCCCGGAAGACGUCAGAAAGGACGUCGUACUGCUGUUUUCUGCUCAUUCUUUGCCAAUGGACGUCGUCAACACUGGGGAUGCUUACCCAGCCGAGGUUGGCGCCACUGUCUACAGCGUAAUGCAAGAGCUGAAGUUCUGUAACCCUUACAGACUAGUUUGGCAAUCACAAGUGGGCCCCAAACCAUGGCUAGGGGCGCAAACUGCAGACGUCACAGAAUGGCUAGCACCUUCUCAAAAAGGCUUGGUCAUCAUUCCUAUUGCUUUUACCUCGGACCACAUUGAGACUCUAUUCGAAUUAGAUCUGGAAGUCAUCGGUGAGUCCGAGCAUAAGGACAAGAUCAAACGUUGUGAGUCGCUCAACGGCAACGAAACUUUUAUCGAAGGGCUUGCAGAUUUGGUCAAGGACCAUUUGGAAAAAGGGGAGCUUUACUCAAAACAAUUGCCAUUGGAUUUUGCGCUUGGUAAGUCGAACGACACUUUCGAGGACCCAUCGCAAGUGUUCGGUGAGCACUCUAAAGAAGACUCUUUGACUUCCACUGCCAAAAAUAUGAAACAUUAA